AUGGAAAUUACUAAUGGUGGUGCUCAAGCUGCAUUAAAUGUAACCAGUUCAGAAGCAGCCAUCCAACAAAGUGUAUCAUACGUUAAACCUUAUGGUACUGUAAUCUUGAUUGGUUUACCUCCUCAAGCUAAACUUCAUCUUGAUGUUAUGAGUACUGUGCUUGGUCAAGUAACUGUUAGAGGUUCAUACGUGGGAACUAGAUGGGAUACUACUGAAGCUGUUGAUUUUUUUGCUAGAGGAUUGAUCAAAUGUCCCAUUAAGGUGGUGAGAAUGACCGAAGUAGGAAGAGUAUUUCAAGAAAUGAGUGAGGGAAAAAUAUUAGGUAGAUAUGUUCUUGAUAUGUCAAAUUGA